AUGCUGAACAUCGUCCUCCUCGUCACCUCCAUAUGCAUCGUCGUCGUACUCAUCCUCUACCUCUUCUUCUGGAACCGUCUCGUCGCGUUCCUCCUCGGACUCAUCCUCCGGCUCAGCUUUUGGAACCAGGGCGAAGGUAGCAUAUGGGUUGACAUCGGGUCGAUACACUUCUCUAUUCUCACUGGGAGGGUCCUCUUCAAGGACCUCCGCUACCACUCGAGCAACCAGACUAUUCGAGUCGUCAAGGGCCAGGUCAGCUGGCGGUACUGGAUCCGCCGCCCCGCCGCCGAGGAAGACCUCAGCCAUGCGCAGGUCGUCGGCGAGGACCCGAAGCAUCAAGACCACCCGCCGCUGGCGUGCCGAGUGCACAUGGCACUGCAGGGCUUGGAGUGGUUCAUCUACAAUCGCACAGCGGGAUAUGACAAUAUUGUCGCGCAGAUGCAGGAUGACCUGCCGCCGACGCCCGCACCGACGCCCGCGGGCGCACGCACGAGCUUUGACGCACGCGAUGCAGUACGCAAGAUGUUUAGCAGGACGUCUACACACCCCGAGGUGCCGAUGUCGCUUGUGUCAUCUUUAUAUCAGAAAUCGCCCGGGUUUCUGAAGCGCGCCCUUGUUUGGCUUAAACUCCAGUUGCCAAACUUUGAUCCGAAGAACCUGCUACCCAUGGGCAUCGAAGCUACGAAGGGUGCCAUCAUCUGCGGUAAUGCCUCUACCCCUAGCCUUCUUGUCGCGGAGUUCAGCAAGGUAGAGGGGACGUAUGGUAUUGUACAGUCACGGUCGAAAUAUGACUUGUACAAACAACUGGUGAACUUGAAGUUUCGCAAUGCUUCCUUAUGCUACGUGGAGAACAAUGACUAUCAUGAUCGCAUGAGCGACAUCGGGCAGAAAGUGCACGACCACAUCAAGGACGCUCGGCAACCGCCCAUCCGGCAGUCCACCUACCUCUCCUUCACGUCCUUCGAAAAGCUAUGGACCCGCCUCAAGCUGUGGUCGGUCGCAUCUGCCCGGCCCUCACGCCUGCGUGCGCUCUUCGGCUACCCGUCCGUGCCCGUUCCGCACCCGCCCGCGUCUUGGGGCUGGCGGAAGGCGCCCAAGAGCAUGGAUGAUGAGACGCCCGUGGGAGUCGACUUCUCCAGUCACGACUACGCCAUCGAGCGGAAGAUCUUGGAGGCACCGCUUUUAGAGCUGUUGUACUAUGCAGAUGCCGUCGGCGUGGUGCCGUGUGAUCUGCCGCGUCCAACCAACGAAGGUACUGAGGACAUGGAUCCCUUCGAUAUCGGCAACGGUGACCUGCCUCCGGAGUGGGGCAUGGAUUUCGUGGUUAGAGGGGGCUUCUUACGUUAUGGGCCCUGGGCAGAUCGUCAACGGGUCAUUCUUCAGCAGUGUUUCUUUCCGCAGGUAUUUCACGACAUGGUGCCCACCACCCGCCUGAAGUCUGGUGACGACCGUAUGUGGACGGCACUCAAGGUGUUCAUAGAACUUCAGGAUGGCGUUACAUUGCACAUACCGUUUCGCGAGGCUUCAAAGGAUUGGCAAUGGGACGGCAAAGUUAAUGUACUAAAUCGACCGCGCAAGCGAGAGGCGGCUUCGAUUCAUGUCAAGGCUGGGGACAACUCGACAAUCAGCUAUGUUUUGCCCAUGGUCGUUCAGCCUACGGGAUACCAGCCCAGUCUGGAGGUACAUCUGGACACUGUUACCGUCACUUCAAGUCUGAAUGAUAUUCGGCUGGUUACGGCCGAGUCCUGUAGGCUUCGCGGUCAACUCCCUGCCCCGCUGAAGUGGAAUGGCGAACGACAGUGGACGUUUACCGUCUCUCUGCGACAGGCUGCUCUUUUCCUUCUCAGGGACCACAUCACCAUGCUCACUGACGUGGGGAAGGACUGGAGCUCCGGGCCUCCAACUGACUAUCAUCGUCACGUCCCCAUGCUGUACGCGGUCGAUUUGGAUAUGCAGUAUUACGAAAUCAACAUGUACGUGAACGACCAUAAUAUUAUCGACAAGCCGCUCAUCAAGGAGGACAACGCGUUGGUGACCUUGCGUGGCAUGUAUUUGAAGCAUGGUGUUCGCAUACCACUCCUGCAGUACCGACCUGAGGCCUCAGCAGUCUCGUUCUGGAUCGACGCGCCGGAUGUUGCGGUGAACCUAACGUUACCCCGCUGGAAUACUCACAGCCUGUAUCCGAAGCCGGACCGAAAUAACAUCGGACGUAUAGGUUUCCUUGGACUUAAUGGCUCUUAUCGGUACCAUUCAGACGUACACGAACACAACAUCGAUCUGCUUAAGAUGGAUUUCACUGCCCGCGACGUCAUUUACAAGGCGUUUGGCUGGACCGUCCGGCAUUUCAUGGUUCUGCGAGACAACUACUUCGGAUCGUUUACUCAUUUCUGCACAUUAUUUGAAUAUUUGGAGAAGCGGCGGAAGGGCCAACAGGUCGGCGAUCCGAUCGAGUUGCAGUACAGACCUGGAAAGUCAAACCCGAUGGAAGUUGAAGUUGGCGUUGAUGUCACGCGCGGGAUGCUCGUGCUACCCGCAGGACUCCCGGGCUACGAGGUGUACAGCGCAGGAGGGACAACAGCCAACCAAGCCGAGGAUCUCGGCUCUUCUCUUCUUCUGACUAUACCUGGCUUGCAACUACAGCUGCGUACCAACGAUUACUACAUGGAAAUGACUCUCAACAUCGACAACAUCUUCGGCCGAUUCGAGGAACAUUGCUAUGAUGACGUCCUUAAAUCCCGCAGGAUUUCCCCUCACACUGAUAGCGUCAUCAUUCUAGAUGGACUCGAUAUCACUGCGAAUAGGUUAUUUGGUCCUCAGCCUCGCAAUUCAACCUACGUGUGCAUUUGGGAAAUCCAUUUUGGCGGCCUGAAAGCUAGUUUGUCGCCUUAUCAAACGAAGCUCCUCUCGGCUGUCAGUACUGCGUUUGGCUUCAAUUUCUCUGACCCCUUGAAUGCUCCUGCCAAGGACUUUGCCGUCCCAUCGGAUCCAGAUGUGACUUUCCUCAAGUUGACAUUGGACAGGGUGGAGUUGGUCUGGCUAGCUGGAAACUCUGCUGUAGAGAUAUCGUUGCCGAAGGGUCUGAGGAUCGAUAGCAACGAUCUCGCUGGUGACUUUCAUCGCAAAGUCACGAGUAUUCGAUUGCCGUCUGCCUUGCUCAGACUGCUGCUUACGUCGGAACAGUGCCCCGGCUCCUGGUAUGAAGCUUCAAGAGUGACUAUGGAUGCCGAUGUAGACAUAUAUUCAGCACCGCCUGGAUGGCAAGAGAGCGCACAUGCACAGACAGAGUUUAUAUGUUCGCAGGACAAGCACACGGGUCGGGCUCAAGCCCUAUAUUCCACCAAAGUACCCCAUGACCAAGGUCUAUGUCGUGGGCUGCUCGACAGUGAUGUCUACACCCCUCAGCUCAAAGUGCCAUCCCGAACAACGCCGCCACCUGCUAAACACAACCCUUCUAGCAGAACCAAAAUCGCACAGUUACAUGCGCAAAUGUUCUCUUCUGCAGUAACACUGCAAUCGGAAUCAGAAGGAGACGAAGGUAUAUCCGAAGCAGACCGGGAUGCACGCUUGGCCAAUUCGCGACCAAAUGGCAUGCCAAAAGACACCUUGAACAAUCAGGAUAUCGACAACGACAGCGUAAUCAGUAGUGAUGAAUCUGACGAUGACGAUCUCACGGAUCCUCACGAUUGGGAGAGUGAGGCUUCUGAAUUUGGAUCUGAAGAUGGCACGACAUCAAAUUCUGCAUGGUCUUUGAUCUCACAGCAUCGAAAUCUGACUGAACACUUGAAACCAGUGUUUUUGACGCGACCUUUCAUGUGGAAUGAGUCACCGUUCGUCAUGGUACGGCGAAAUCCCAAUGCUUUUCAGAAACGGAUCAACAAAGAGGGCGAAAAACAUGAGCAGUCGAUUGCUGACGACAUCAAGUCACUCUUCCCUAUGGAUUAUGACUUGACUGUGAUACGUUUGGUCUCUGAACACGGAGUUGUAGUACAGUGUACACCCCUCGUGCUGCCGGUUGUCACUGAGUUGCUGGAGGCUCUGUCCUAUACUCGAUUGACCCCGGAACUUCGAGUUGAUGCACUUCUCGCCGAACUACCGCCGUCUUCGACUUCUGCACAAUCCCAACUGCAGCAGCGAGUAACGAUUGUUGACGGUGCUUUAUCCUCUGUCUUCGUCAGCUCGACGCAAACUGUGUCCAUUGGUCGAGGCGUCGCUUCGAGAUUAGGAAACGCUCCUACAGACGACCUUCCUCCUAGCAGGACGAGCCCCACUACCAUGCACUUUCGUCUCGACACCUUGCGGCUCCGCGUCAACUAUUCUGAGUCGCAUCAAGAUGCUGAUUCGUGCUCUGGAACCCUCAUGGUGGAGCGAAUGCUGCUCGAGUCGAAGCCUGCACGAGCCAGCCUCGCUUCCGGCCUAAACGGUAGCGAGUCUACCUCCUGUCGUCUCCGAAUAGAUGGUGUUGUCGCUAGUUACGUUCAUCGCGAAGUCAAACUCUCUGUUGGCAGUUUCAAGAUCGACCUCUGCCACACGUCACUGGAUCCUCUUUUUUCGACAUCACUAGUUAUUCGUGAUUGCGUUGAAGAGGUCAUGAAUGUCUGGAAUGUCUCGGAUCUAGAGACAUCUACAUUGGAUCAAAAGGUCAUUUUUAACGUACUGAAGUACUCACAACAAAGGACCAUCAUUGAUCCCCUUUCGACAAUUCAACCUUCCUACCUAGUGCAAAAAGGGGAGCCAGACCAGAUUCGUCGAAAUAGCUGCUUCAAAUUUCUCAUAUAUCUUCGUGCUUGCCUGCGCUACCUCGAGGCAUCCGAGCGCCGUGCCGUUCUUGAGCUCACACCGGCGCCCGCUUCGGACACUACCUUGCAAGACAUCAUACCACUCUUGGAACACCAGUAUCUCAGCCAGGGACUUGACGAUGACAUUUCAAAUCUACCGCAGCAGCCUCUCCUGCGAAAACUCUUCCGCGAUCACUUUGUCCCUCCUGAGCCCAGUGUACAACAAGGACCAUCCGUCGAUGCGGCGAGAAUAGAGCUGCAGGAGCUGCAGCUCGUCAUCCACCACCCGUCAGACGGGGCGCGAAGUGAGAUUUCCCUUGGAUCAGUCGCGCUACUUGGUCACAUGCAUCCCACGACGCUUCAGCCAAAUUCGCUACCGACGAUGGGAAAGAGCCACCACAGUUUAUCCCUACGCGAUCGCAGCCUUCCUGCUCUGCGCCGUGUUGCAUUAUCCGUUCACUUGGGCAACGUCGGCGUAGUCAUUGUGCCGCAACUCAUGGAUUUCCUACACAUCGCACUUCGUGUCACGAGGUCCCAUGUCUCAUCGCUAUCUGGUACCAAGGUGAAGAAUUCUAGACCACUUGUCCCGCCGAUGUCGCAGUCAGAGACGAGACAUGGCAUCUACUUGGACACUGUAAUAUCAAUUGGUUCCCUGCACUUCACGGCGGCGGCGGACAAACUGGUGGUUGCAUUCGGUCUAACCAACUGUGUUUCCAUUACUACCCUCCUCGCGAAAGAGUCCAUGGAACCGCGAGGCUCGAUCUAUUCGAUAAACCAAUCUCUUUUACUCGAGGAAGUAGCAAUUCGCCUGUCUUCCACUGUGGCUUCCAAUAAGUCCGCGUCGCCCCGAUUACUUGCGUCUCUGGUCGCAAGCAAGAACAAGGUGAACUGCGUGUCCUUGCAAGAGCCGGGAUCACCUUCCACCAUUCGCGGGACCCUGUAUACGGCCGGCAUUCGAUUCGAUGUUCCGCGCAGUGCUUUGCGCCUAUAUCGCUUCCUUGAAGACUGGAGGAAGGACUACCUUCCCGGACUUGAGGCAGCAUUGCAAACCCUCCUAUCCGAGAUCCAUCCUGCACGGUCCAUCGCUUCAGAAUCUGCAGCGUCUACGAACGCAUCCUCUCUGCCAAUUGUUGAACUAAAUGUGUCGCUGUUGUCACUCUCCAUAAACCUACAGGUCAUGCUGGGGACUUGGCUUUCGUGGGAUAUCCGACAGAUCCUCCUCUACCUGUCGUCAGAUCGUGAUCCACGCAGGCUUGGCGCCCAUGCAUUUGGACUGCAGGUUGGGCCACAUACCGUGCAGAUCUCCACACUGUCGCAGGAGGAUGACUCGGCGAUCCCUUCCAACGCCAACAUCGUUUUGAGACUACCGGUCCUCACGUUCAAGGGCCAUUAUCAGGGCGAGUCAUUGCAGUGUAUCGCAAUGGUGGAAUUCCUUGAUAUUCUGGUCAAACCGUCUGAUUGGGAUAUUUUACUCUCCGUCCGUCAGAAGUCGGGUCAGGAUUACAACGACUUGCUUCAUUUGAUACAAGAGACACGCUCUGGCAAGACCAUGCCCUCGGGGCCCGAAGCAAUUUCUGGCGGGAUGCCACUCAAGAUCAGCGGGACCGUCAGAAUGAAGGGCUUCCGUAUAGGCGUUGGGGGUCGAAAUUCCACUGUAUAUCUUGAAUGCGACGAUAUCAGCGGCAGCAUCGAGAACAACGUCGACUUAGCAUGGCAAAUCCAACUGUCAGACCUCGGAUUAUCUCUUGCGUCAGCGUCUCCAACACAUGUUGCCCAUGACGUGGGACAUCGGUCUGCGUUCGUGAUCAUUGACUUCCAGGCUGACAUGAAACGUCACGCAGCUGCGUCUCGAGGACAUUUACUGCGCGUCUCGGUCACUCAAGUUCAUGCAGUGAUGAAGCCAACAUCCGUCGGUGAACUGGGCGACUUUGUUGACCAUUUACGGGCGGUCGUGCUGGUGCGGCAAGGUGCUCGUGAAGACGAACUUGCCCAAUUCAAAGAGAAGACAAGGAGCAUCAUGCGUUCGUUUGACGUCAAGAUUGGGGAGUCUCAGGAUGUAGAAACCUCGUGGAUGGACGAGUACUCUAUUACCGUGUCAAUCCUCAACAUCGGCGUUGCAUUUCCCCUGGCAGGCCACUCUGACUUGCAGAUGUCUCGGUCGAGUACUCAAAACGAGACGAUAGCUGUCCGCGCGUUCUUGUUUUCCAUCAAGUCUCUGGUGUUUGGUACCGAGCAUGGAGAAAGUGGACAGGCCGCAAUGAAGGGAUUUUCUUUUCAGUUUGUCCAGAGGUUCAGACAAUCCGUGCCCUCGGAUUUUUCAGGAGACAACCAUCGCACAAAGAACCGGCUCUUGUACCCAGAGAUGACGGCAAACGUGCGCGUGGAGCGUAUCUCCGGUUUCCGUCGCGUAUGCGUUAGCGCGGACGUCAGCGGUUUCAUACUGGAUCUCGAUUCCUCCAUCCCAGACUAUGUCUUCGCUCUCAUGGAUGUCUACCGACAAGGCAAAGAACGUAUCGAUCGCUUUGCUAUCAAUAUAUCGCGGCCUUCAACUCAUACGGACCCGGGCACACAGAGUCCGAGAACUGUUACCGAGAUGCCGCACAAUGCUCUACCGACGUCGAACAUUGUGCUAUCGUCUACGUUUGCUAGCGGUAGGGUCCGCAUGUACAGCAUCCGCAGAAGAGAGAACUCCUCCAGACACCGCUCCAAUCCUUCACACUACGAAUUUCCCUCGACGACAUAUGUCGACUCUGAAGUUGAAAUCUUCGACUUGCCAGUCGUAACUGUUUGGGGAGAAUACCGAGCUUCACCUUCACCUAGAAGAUUAUCGGGACCAGCGCGUCCUCUUGAGCCGUCGAUACUUAUGUUCAAGAGCACAAUACAUUCGAGCGAGAACAUCCUCAGGCCUACUCUGUUGCCCUUCAUAACGGAUCUCGUAGCUCGCGUUGAAGAACGCAUGCGGCAGACGAGCCGUCCGAGCUCUCAAGUUUCUCCAAUGCAGGCUCAUGAUCGCCUUCCCGUCUUACCCACAGAACAACUGUUGGAGCAGACUGCGGAUCCCGUCUCUGGAUUGAAGAUCAGUCUGAGCCUGCGAAUUGACCAAUCUAAGCUUGAAUUGACUUGUCAACCAGAUGUCAAUGUUAUCGCCGGCUUGCACUGGGAUAGUGGCGGGUUCAUGCUGAACAUUGCCCCUGGCGCUCGUCGUGUAACAUUCACUGGCGCCGUAGGUGGACUUACGGUCGGACUCAGACAUGGUUUUCUGAGCGAUGAUUGCGUGAGACUCGACGCACGCAAUCUUGCUUUGAACAUCACUUUCUCAAAGAUGGAGUCUGACCUGGAGAAAUCUAUCAGCUCCAUCUCCGUGGUCGUUGACACCGAAUUCUCCGGCGGUGUCCGGUUCUCGCGCUUGCAAGAUGUUCUGUGCUUCAAAGCCGUAUGGUUGGACCGCAUUCCUAUAUUCAGUGGCCAGCAUGCCGAAGCCGCUACGCCAUCGUCGCGCUCCGCCGAUAAGAUAGCCACUCGAUCUUCUUCACAGGAACUGGCAACCGCAAUCCUCUUACGAUUCCGCGCUAUCAAAUUGAAUGCAGAUCUCGGGCAAAGUAUUAGCAUUGUAACGGUCGACAUGCGUGACGUAUUAUUACGCUCAAGGCUAGAUGACUUCGUAUCAGAGCUAGCUUUCUCUAUUUCCCAGCUCGCUGUCCUGGCUACUGGGAACAUAUCCGGUCACCUCACCCUCCCUGAUUUCCUGUUCCGAACGACACGAAACCACAAUGACCAUGGUCAUUACGUAUCAGGCAGCAAGAUGCUAGAUGUUACAUUCACCGUCGGUGUUUUCAGUUUGGAGCUGGAUUCAGAAUACCAAAAACUCCUACAAUAUCGGGCCGAACCUGUAGAGGUGAAGAUAUUCGACGAUUGGUCCAACAUUACAUCUGGCAUUGCCUCAGACGAACGACAGGUAGACGUGGCGUUUACUGUGUCAGGGACAGAGGUCGUUGUCAUCAUGAACGUUGGCACGAUUCCCAAGCUGGUUUCUUAUGUGGACAAAUUCAAGCUCACUCUGGACAACCAAAGGGAAGGUGCCAGUCGUGAAUCGAAGGCUUUCCGGAUAGCCAGCUCCCCCAAACCAGACAACCCGUUAUCUGCCGUCGCUAACGCCAUGAUCAAGUCGACGCGUAGUCGAUUGAACAGUGAAGGCAGCAUAGCGUAUAUCAUCGGCCAGCGUAUGAGCCUGAAGCUCGAUUGUCUUCAACUUGUCGUCUUCCCUCGCUCAAUGCGGGACCCAGAGAUCGCCCGAUUCAUUGGACGCGGUGUUCACGCUCGUCUGGAUCGGCUGGUGGGGACCGACAACUCGCGUUCCACGCGCGAUUUACAGCUCUUCUUCUCAUCCAUUACAACAUCCCGACUCAGCCAGCUUAAUCAUACCGGUCUUGCCAAAGAGCAGGUCGAGGGCACCAAAGAAUGGCUUACGCUAUUGGUCAAGGAUGCGCAUGAGGCGAUCAUUUUCGGGCUUCCAUCUAUGGAUAUCCGUAUGCGCAGCGAAGAGCUGGAGAACGAGGGCCGUAGACUCCUCCGAUAUGACUUCAGCAGUAAGUUUGCGGUCAAGCAAGGUGCAGCGAACUCGGAAGACAUCUACAUCACGCUGAACAUGUCCUUAUACUCCUGGCUCACGGCCCUGCGCAAGACGUUCGCUAGAGAAAUGGAGCAGGUUCAAGCUACGGGCGACGUACGGGGGGCAAUCGGGAGUUUGGUGCAGCAGACAGCCGCGGCGAAGAAGCGUUCUAACGACCCCGUUGCCAACCGCCCGGAGAGAGAGUCAGAAGACAACGUAAGAACUCGAUCGGGACCUGCACAUGCUAGCCGCGAGUCGGUGGUGGACGUGAUGGGCGGGGAACGCGUAGCAUCGCCAACCUCUCCUAUAUUCCCACUCAAGUCGCCGAUCAGCCCAACCUCUCCAUCUAGACUGUCCUUGCCUCCGCCUCUCAGUGUGGCUGUCGACAGUCAGACUGCUGCCCCUACAAGCAAACCAGUGGCCUUAACAUACGAACCUCACGAACGGCACAUCGAGCGUCUCACUAUGCGGCAGCUGGGAGAGGCAACCCCAGAUGUCAUGCAUCCUUUUUUCAUGAAGAAGGCUGGUUUUAGCCUCGAGGACUCGUUGCCACAAUAUGUGCACGAGUACGCGACGAUGCCCACAGAGGAGAUCAUGAAGGCAUUGUUGGAGAUAUACAGCAAACAGCUUGGCGCAAAGCAUCGGACAACCGAAGGUUCUAUAUAG